AUGGACGACAACAAAGACAAACAAAGAAGCGAAGGGCGGAUCCGACUCGACGCUCUGCUGCCUCUGAUCGGCCGGGGUCCAUCGAGUUUAUCAACACGCCCGCAGUCGAGCGCAGUUGCCAGGGCGACGCCUGAUGGCCGGGACCGUUCGCAGCGCCCAGUCCGUGCACCCGUCUGCUCUCCCGCGCCCGAGCCCAAGAGGAAAAGCGGGCGAGGCCAGCACGUGAGCGAAGUCUCGCCUGGACUGCUCGCUGCCCUCCAGUCUGCCGCUGCCCUCCAGUCUGCCGCUGCCCUCCAGUCUGCCGCUGCCCUCCAGUCUGCCGCUGCCCUCCAGUCUGCCGCUGCCCUCCAGUCUGCCGCUGCCCUCCAGUCUGCCGCUGCCCUCCAGUCUGCCGCUGCCCUCCAGUCUGCCGCUGCCCUCCAGUCUGCCGCUGCCCUCCAGUCUGCCGCUGCCCUCCAGUCUGCCGCUGCCCUCCAGUCUGCCGCUGCCCUCCAGUCUGCCACAUCCACACCGCCGCCCUCGCCGUCCUCCAGUCUACCACUGCCACAUCGCUGCCCUCGCCGCUCUCGCCAUGCUGCGCCAGACCACCCGCGUCUGCGCCUUCUGCGAGGUGCGCUCGCUGCUACGGACAGCCCCGUCCCCGUCCCCGUCCCCGUCCCAGUCCCAGUCCCAGUCCCAGUCCCAGACACGCCUCUACACCCAAGUGCAGCGCGACCGCAAUCCCGCGACCGCGCCUCCUUCUCCCCCGACCGCGCCUUCAACUCGCGCCUGGGCCCCCAACGAGCGCGCCGCGAGGCAGAGCGCUCCCGCCAGCGCCCCACCCACGGCCGCGACACGCUGCAGCUCUCGCCCGCCGUCGCUCGACACGCCGCCGACCAGCCCAAGAGGAAGCCCCGCGAGCCCUACGCGUUCCUGAACAAGACGCGCGCACCGCCCAUGCUGGAGCGCGAGCGCGAGAGGGCCAGCGAGCGCGCACACGCAGACCGCGACAGAAACCCCCGUGCCCGAGACGCCGACAAGCAGCGCACCAAGCCCGACGCCGACAAGCGGCGCACCAAGCCCGACGCCUUCCACGCCCUCAAAAUGCAGCGCUCGCUCCACGAGAUCCCCUACGCCGCGCGCAAGGCCGUCAAGGCCAAGCUCGACCACUACGACGCCUUCGACAAGUUCCCCCUCGCCGACCCCGUCCAGGCCGCCGUCCGGGACGCCCUGCCCGGCCUCGAGUACCGCAACCCCACCCCCGCCCAGGCCCUCGCCAUCCCCGCCCUGCUCGGCCUGCGCAAGGAGAAGCGCUCGCGCAGCCCCUCCAGGAACACGCCCGGCCCCGACGCCUUCCUGCUCGCCGCCGAGACCGGCUCCGGCAAGACGCUCGCCUACCUCCUGCCCACCCUCGACGCCAUCAAGCGCGACGAAGUCCAGGACAAGGAAGACGAGGAAGCUGCAGCCGCCGCUGCCGCCGCCGCCGCCGCCGCCGUCGUCGACGACCCCACCACCACCAAGCGCAACGACAUGUUCGACGUCCCCGAGCCCUCGGUCAACAAGGCCGUCGACCCCGCCCGCCCCCGCGCCAUCAUCCUCGUCCCCUCCGCCGAGCUCGUCGCCCAGGUCGGCGCCGUCGCAAAGUCGCUCUCCCACACCAUCAAGUUCCGCGCAGCCCCCAUCAGCGCCAAGAUGAGCGCCACCGUCAUCCGCAACCGCCUCUUCAGCGAGCACGGCGUCGACGUCGUCAUCGCCACGCCCCCGCUGCUCGCCAGCAUCGCAGAGUCCAACCCCAACAUCCUCGCCCGCGUCACCCACCUCAUCUGCGACGAGGCCGACUCGCUCUUCGACCGCUCCUUCAAGCCCAGCACCACCGACAUCCUCGACCGCGCCACCCCCAGCCUCAAGCAGCUCAUCCUCUGCUCCGCCACCAUCCCCAAGUACCUCGACAAGUACCUCCUCCACACCUUCCCCGACAUGCACCGCCUCGUCACCCCCAACCUCCACGCCAUCCCGCGACGCGUCCAGCUCGGCGUCGUCGACGUCAACAAAGACCCCUACCGCGGCAACAAGAUGCUCGCCUGCGCCGACACCAUCUGGCAGAUCGGCAAGAGCACCGCCGAGUUCGACCCGGUCCAAGGCAACGAGACCGUCCACGUCAAGCGCAUCCUCGUCUUCGUCAACGAGCGCGAAGACACCGAGGCCGUCGCCGAAUACCUCUGCCAAAAGGGCAUCGACGCCCUCGCCUUCCACCGCGACACCGACCCCGUCCGCCAGGCCAAGACCCUCGCCUCCUUCACCGACGGCUCCAUCUCGCCCUCGUUUGGCCAGAAGAAGCGCCUCGACGGCGAGGACGAGGCCCAGCCCACGCCCACGACCUCUCGAUCCCUCCCCAACACCAAAGUCAUCGUCACCACCGACCUCGGCUCCCGGGGCAUCGACACCGUUUCCGUCCGCCACGUCAUCCUCUACGACGUCCCCCACACCACCAUCGACUUCAUCCACCGUCUCGGCCGCACAGGCCGCAUGGGCCGUCGCGGACGCGGUAUCGUCCUCCUGGGUCCUGGCGAUCGUGCGGACGUGGUGAGGGAGGUCAAGGACGCCAUGUUUAGAGGCGAGGCCCUAAUCUAG